CUGGACGCUAAUCAAGGACUAUAUUAGUAUUACUUUCAGUCGAAAUUGAAACUGCACGCCUACUAUGCGAUUUUUGCGUAGAGGUAGAGAUUAAACACCCUGUUUUUUUUUAGGAAACAUCAAGUUAUUGGACCUGCCCCCCCAAAGUCUAUACAAAAAACAUUGUCUGUUCAGAACAUUUCGUGGAAAGUGAUUACACUAAUCCUCGGUUAAAAUCAAAGUUAAAAAAAGGAGCAAUCCCAAAGUCCUAUCAAAUUUGUUCAACACCGACAGUGCCACUUAAUAUUCUUCAAACAGUUCCCCGGUUGCUGCUGCAUCUGAAAAGCUCCAAACAUCUGAGCUUGGCGAAAUGUCUGUUCUUCUGCCAAAGUGCCAAUCAAGACAUAAAGCAUAAAAUCUACAACUGACAUUUCGGAAGAAAUUGCAAGUAAAUCAACCGACUUUGAUAUAUCACCAUCUCAUCAACAAUGGCUUACAGACAUUACGAAUAUGCCAGAGCGCUCUCCCAAGAAGUGUAAAAGAAAGUUACAGUUGCAGGACCUUACCCCACGUGCAAAGAAAAUGAAGCAGACUUUGGAAGAUCAAAAACGUCUUUUAAAGAAUAAACGAUCAACAAUUGCCAGAUUAAGAUUAAACCAAAAAAAGAAAACACAAAAUGCCACUUUGACUAAUAUUAUCGGCAGUGUGAAAUUUGUAUCAAAACAAUCACGAGUUUUGACAAAAAUGGAUAUACUGCAUAAAAAGAAUAGGCAAUGGGCAAACGAUGAAAAGGAAUUUGCACUGCAACUUUUUUAUAAAUCUCCCGCCUAUAAAUUUCUUAAAAAUAAACAAAUAGUUCUGCCCAGCAUGUCCACAAUUCGAAAAUGGAUUGGCGAUUCCAAAUUUAAUGAAGAAUUUAAAACUAAAGAUUGCAACUAUGGAUAGAGACUGAGAAAUAUCUGUAAAUGGCACCAUAAAUAGUAUAUAAAGAUACUUACUGUAUAGCAUUCAUAUAUGGUCACCCUAUCAUGUUUGUAAGCAUAAGUACUUACAUUCCAUCUUGGUUCACCCUAUAAAUUGUGUGUAAGGCGUCAUUUAGGGAAAUAAAGCCAUUACUUAUUACAAUCAACUCCAUUAUAUAAUUAUUCGUGAACUUAUCAUUAUCUCUAAUAAGUAGGUAAAAAAUUAUUUGUACUUACAAUAGAUCACUUACUUGUAAUGUUGAACAGAAGUCCCGAUACAUCAUCAAGCAGUUUCAGGGUGAUAAUUUCGUCAUUUACUCUAAAUGUUACAGGUAAUUUCAUUCGUUUACAAAACGAUCCUAACCUUCAAUGUAAAUAACCACAAAACCGCGCGGAAUAAGAGCAGGGAAUGGCGACGACGUCUCGAACAACGCAGUUCCACAGUUAAGAGCAACUUCGAUGUAUGAUCAUAUCAGUGGAGCUUUGGAACAGCUUAUAAGAAAAGCUAAUUUGCUCAUUGAAAAUGAGAAUAAUAAUGCAGUAGAAUGUUUAAUGAAUAUUGUUUCGCGUUUUAAUAUGGGGAAGAGAACUAAUUUGGGUGCAACGUGGAUCAUACGAAAGACGAGUUUACCUGGCAACUUUGCGGUACAACAAAUCGUUAUCUUUAGCACGGAAGCUACGGAGAAUGACAUUGCCAAAGAAUCGGUGGCAAUAAAGGCAUUUGAAAAGAAGCAGAAUGUGACCGUAACAAACACUGGAUUGUGGAUACAUAAAGAUUAUGGUUUUUUAGGAGCAUCACCAGAUGGUCUUGUUGGUACAGACACCAUCGUGGAAGUGAAAUGUCUGUAUUCAUGUUCAAAAUUGGAGGAAACUGGUUUGGAAAAAAUAUUACGGUUUAAAAAAAAGACCUGUUUGCAACUAAAGGAUGGCAAAACAUCUUUAAACAGAAGACAUUCUUAUUGCUAUCAAGUACAAGGCACCUUGAACAUUGCCAAGAGGAGCAAAUGUUAUUUUGUUGUUUAUAUUAACGAUGCAGUUCCACUCUACAGGGAGGAGAUUGAAAUAGACAUCAAUUUUUGGGAACAUGAAAUGGUACCAAUAUUAAUAACUUUUUACAAAAUGUGUAUUGCUCCAGAAAUUAUAAGAACAAUAUCGGGAAAGGACAAAAGCGUGUUGAUCCGCAAUACAUAAGAUGCGAUAAAAAACCGUGAACCGCAGUUGUUGGAAGCGUGUAAGAAGAAGCGAAAAACCAAAGCAGAAAACUAAUUGCACAAGACUCAAUCUUCAACACUGAAAUCAUGGCUAUCUUGCUGAACGUAGGCCCUCAAUAGGAUUCCCUACGUCACUUUCAACUAAAAUCCUCAACUGCAUGUAUACAGAAAAUAU